AUUUCUUUAGGUGUUUCUCAGCCAUUCGGCAUUCCUCAGCUGUGAAUUCUUUGUUUAGCUCUGAACCCCAUUUUUAAUAGGUUUAUUUGUCUCCCUGCGGUCUAACUUCUUGAGUUCUUUGUAUGUUUUGGAUAUAAGCCCUCUAUCUGGCCUCCCUGAUUCUUAAUCUCUGUCUGGGUACUGAUGUGCCUUUUGCUCUUAGUUUGGGAAUCUUUGUACUUGCCACAUUCCAUUUUUCUUCUAUACAGUUUUCCUUAGCAGACAGUGAUCUGCUUAAUAAGCUAGAAGACUGCUGAAAGGCAGAAACAGACUCAGUGCUAUGGCACUGAUACUCAUUCCAUAUAAAUGCUUGAGCCUUGGAUGUCAAGAACUGACCAAUCUGUCAAUCCUGCUGUGAUAUUUCAGAAUGAGGACCCAAGGGCACACCAAACUCCCCACAGUUAAACUAUUUUCAGUUACACAAGAGGUGAAGAGACACAGCUAUUUCAGGAAGCUUUCACAUUUGCUUAGAUGGCCUCUGUGGUGGACUAACUUAAGAGUUAGGAGUUUACAUUUGAGACUGAAAUUAUAAAACAUUUCCAUGAAGAAAUCACUCUUGGAUAAAAUAGUUACCUAGACAGCUCGGCGCUCAGAAGGAAUUUCAACAUCCCUCUGUAGUAUGACAUCACUUCUCUUCCAAGCUUCCUGCUCAGAUCCGUGAUCCACACCGUUCUUUACAAAGCACAAACACAUCUCUGCACCAUCCUUGGAACAUCACUUCUCAUGGCAGUUUCUAGGAUCACUCGAUGGAGGUUGAUGUCCAUGUUCUUUGGAAUAAAAUGUCUUUUCUUGAUAGUUGCUUUGGGAGUUUUGGUGAAAAAUUCAUUUACUAUACAGAACAUUCAAUCGACACCUUCUUCAACCCCGAUAGUAGAAUUCCAGAAAGAAGAAAAGUCCUGGAAAGGAAGCAGAGAGUUUUGUGCUUCUCAGAAUUCCAGUCUUCUUCAGCUCCAAACCAGAAAUGAAUUGAGUUUUAUGAGCUCCAGUCAAGCCUUUUUCUGGAUUGGAAUCCACUAUAAUGAAGAAAGAAGUGCCUGGCUAUGGGAGGAUGGCACAUUUCCCUCAAAAGAUUUAUUUCCAGAGUUCUCAAAGUUCAGGCAAGACCACUGCAUUGGUUAUAGUAUAAGCAGAGAAAUUUCUUCUGAAUCCUGUGAAAAUAAAAACCGUUUUAUCUGUAAGCAACUGCCUACUUAAAUGUUUCUUAAGGCAAAGGAUAUGAACAAGAAAGGUCCAGGGUUACUAAAAGUAGUAACAGCUCUCAGUGUUACUACGUUUUUAUCUUGCAUCUGCAGGAUUUCUGUUCACUAACAUAUCAUUUUCAUACAUUUGAACCUAAGUAAUUUAUGCUUGAUUACUUUUUCACACUUGUUUAUGAAAUUCAGGUGAAUAAAAAUAGAGAUUUUAUAAAUAUUUUGAUUUAGGAAAUAUAAUUUUUUUCACAUAUUUCUGUAAAGUUUUCUUGGAAACAUUAAAUAAAAUUUAUUCCAAACCAA